GUACACUGUAGUAGAGUUGUUGUUGGAGAGGGAGGAGGAAGGCUGUUGUAGACAGGAGGGAAAGCGAUAGUGUAAAAAAAAAAUAGCAUAGGUAGGAGGAAAUAUAAAAAAUCAUCAUGGCAUCUGGAGACACCCUGUAUAUAGAAACGGACGGGUCGGAAAUGCCUGCCGAAAUAGUUGAACUGCAUGAAAUCGAAGUAGAGACAAUUGAGACAACAGUUGUUGGAGACGACGAUGAACACCAGCCUAUGAUCGCCUUACAGCCUCUUGACACGGAUGAUCCGAACUCCCUUCACUCGCACCAAGAGGUGAUUUUAGUGCAAACAAGAGAGGAGGUGGUGGGCGAGGAUGACUCUGAACUGCACACGGAUGACGGGUUUGAGGACCAAAUCCUCAUCCCAGUGCCCGCUGUGGAGGAGGACUAUAUUGAACAGACUCUCGUUACUGUCGCGGGGAGAAGCUCCUCGACAGGCCGGAUGAAGAGGGCUGGAAGCGGAAAGAAAUCGGGCAAAAAGAGCUACCUAAGCGGCGGAGAAAUGGGCAGAAAGUGGGAACAGAAGCAAGUCCAGAUAAAGACUCUGGAGGGGGAGUUUUCUGUCACUAUGUGGGCUUCGGAUGACAAAAAAGACAUAGACCACGAAGAGCAGAUCACAGGAGAAAACUCUCCCCCUGAUUAUUCUGAAUACAUGACGGGGAAGAAGCUUCCUCCUGGAGGCAUCCCGGGCAUCGACCUGUCAGACCCCAAGCAGCUGGCAGAGUUUGCUAGAAUGAAGCCAAGAAAAGUAAAAGAAGACGAUGCACCCAGGACGAUAGCCUGCCCACACAAAGGAUGUACCAAGAUGUUCAGGGACAACUCAGCCAUGAGGAAGCACUUGCAUACCCACGGGCCUCGCGUGCACGUCUGUGCAGAGUGUGGCAAAGCCUUUGUGGAGAGUUCAAAACUGAAGAGACAUCAACUUGUACACACAGGAGAGAAACCUUUCCAGUGCACAUUCGAGGGCUGUGGGAAGCGGUUCUCGUUGGACUUUAACUUGCGCACACAUGUGCGUAUACACACUGGAGACCGCCCGUAUGUCUGCCCCUUCGACGGCUGCAACAAGAAAUUUGCCCAGUCAACCAACCUGAAGUCUCACAUCCUCACACACGCCAAAGCGAAAAACAACCAGUGAACCAGCCUGGAGCCCAGAGAAACACAGCAAUGUGAGCGAACACUGGAGGACUCCACCCGUAUCUCCGCUUCUCGACGGACACAUUGGAAUGUCUGCUUUGUUGUGAGAGAAGAAGUCCCCUUUGUUUCUCCUCUAGAUAAAAUGUUUAAAGAAACUUUUUAAAACUCUUUGAUAUCCGUAUGGAGGUUUGAACAAGGAACUCGUGAGAACCCCGACCCCCUCAGGCAUCUUUCCUUACUUCGGCGCUACCUGGAUGGAACAAUGUAUGGUUUCUUCUUGUGAAGAUGUUACUUCAUGGAUCUGCACCUAAAAAACUUAUUUAUACCUUAUCUCAGCCAGUUAAAAGUUUUUGCAAUAAAUGUCAAAUUUGCAUAGAUCCUCUGCAAUGACAACUUUUCAAUUUUGUACUUUCCCCUAAGUGUGCAUAUUGUACACUGUGUGACAUAAGCUCUGUGGUAAUGUAUGUCGUGAAGCUGUCCCUAGAGACUUUCAUGGACGUUUCACACCUUUUUUUUUUUCUCCUUCAUGUGAGUGUGUUUCAAGGGGGAGCCGGAUGGUCUUUCAUAUUUUCAUUUUGUACAACGCAAUAUCAAAAUCAUGUAGAAAAUAGCCAUGUGAUUUUCAAUAGUGAUCACUGAUUAAAAUGUUUUUUCCUCCUUGCACUACCAACACAAAAGUGUAAUUUUUCCAUUCAUUAUUAAAUUUCAACCUAUAUA